GCCAACCCGGAAGUGGGCGAGGCGGCUCCAAGAUGGCGUCUCCUCCUCCUCAGGGGGGCUCGGUGGCGAUCGCGAUGCGGCUCCGGAACCAGCUCCAGGCCGUCUACAAGAUGGACCCGCUCCGCAACGAGGAGGAGGUGAAGGUGAAGAUGAAGGAGCUGAACGAGCACAUUGUGUGUUUCCUGUGCGCCGGGUACUUCAUUGACGCCACCACUAUCACCGAGUGCCUCCACACCUUUUGCAAGAGCUGCAUUGUGAAGUACCUUCAGACCAGCAAGUACUGCCCCAUGUGCAGCACCAAGAUCCACGAGACGCAGCCCCUCCUCAACCUCAAGCUGGACCGCGUCAUGCAGGACAUCGUCUUCAAGCUGGUGCCGGAUCUCCAGGAGAAUGAAGAGAAGAGGAUCCGAGAGUUCUAUCAAUCCCGAGGACUGGAGCGCGUCAGCCAACCGAGCAACGAAGGCCCGGCCUCCAACCGCGUGGGGCUGCCCUACACCACCUUCGACCACUCGCGGGCCCACUACUACCGCUUUGACGAGCAUGUCCUGCUCUGCCUGGAGAAACAGGGCUCCGGGAAGGACAAGAGCAAACACAUCCUGCAGCACAAAUACGUCCGCUGCUCCGUCCGGGCCCAGAUCCACCACCUCCGAAGGGUCCUGUGCCGCCGCCUGGAGCUGCCCCUGGCGAAUGUCCUGGUCCUGUUUGACAAUGCGCCCGUCCCAGACUCCAUGACCCUGAAGCAGCUCUGGCUCUCCUGCUGGUUUGGCAAGCCGGCCCCCCUGCUGCUGCACUACAGCGUGAAGGAGAAGAGGAGGUAGUGGGGAGGGGGGGCAUUUUGGGGGCAAAGCAGCCCCCCUCUCUUGCCCUGCACAUAAACACACACACUCCCAUGACAGUACACUAAUUUAAGGCUCCCUUCGCUGCAAUAUUGGAUUUAUUUUUGGAAUAAAAGAAUGGAAAAAUCA